GAGAGAUAAAGCUGCCGGCUGAAUACACUCAGAAGGAUCUGAGUCUGGACGCUGACCUGCAGGUGCUGCUGCCACAGAGACGUGGUCUGGGCCUGUGCUCCACUGCCCUUGUCAGCUACCUCAUCGCCCUUCAUAAUGACCUUGUGUACACCAUGGAAAAACACACCGGAGAGGAGUCUGGUUACACGGUAAGCCCAGCUGACCUGACGGAGAUGCAUGUGAUCCAUUAUGAGUAUGAGCGGGACUUGCUUCCACUGAUACUGUCCAACUGCCAGUACAGCAUGGAGUGCGGACAGGAAACACUGAUGGAGUACGACCUGCCCAAUAUUCAGCAACAGAUCUUCACCCGCUUUCUACAGGGCAAACCUCUCAUAACCCUUAAUGGUAUUCCGACAGUGGUGAACAGACAGGACAGAAUUUAUGAGAUCAUAUUAAUGGAUGUGAAGGGCAAAGUGCCACAAGAGCCGCUGCAGGCUCUUACACAGCACAACCUCGUGAAGGAGCUGCAGUCCUACAGUGAUGUGUGUGAGGCACUGUCUACAGUCGAGCUGGCCCUGGGGUUCCUCGCCAUGACCGGGGGAGAGCCACGGGUGCAGCUGGGCACUUAUUUAGAGGAGGUGCUACAGAUGACUGACAACACCAUUUAUAUACAGCACUGUAUGCUGUACAUCGGGCAGCAGAGGCCGUACAUCGGGCAGCAGAGGCGGUACAUCAGGCAGCAGAGGCGGCAGAGGCGGUACAUCGGGCAGCAGAGGCGGUACAGAGGAGGUACAUCGGGCAGCAGAGGCGGUACAUCGGGCAGCAGAGGCGGUACAGAGGGCAGCAGAGGCGGUACAUCGGGCAGCAGAGGCGGUACAUCGGGCAGCAGAGGCGGUACAUCGGGCAGCAUUCAUUAA